GAGUUCUAAAGGCACACGUCCCAGAGGCAGGCGGAGGGCAGCGGGUCUGUUGUAGCCAUUGUGCACCACAGAGCCAAUCAGACACUCGGCGUGUGCCGGCACCGUAUAAAAGGCUGCGGCGUGUUUGAGAGAAGCAAAAACCGCUCAUCAUCGACUGAACUGUCUUGGAAAGAACCUCACCAAAAUGCAGUCUCCUGGAAAAUCUCUGAAGGAAGCCCUGCUCUGUGCUCAGAGCGAGGCUCGACUCACCGUUGGAGUCUAUGAAAGUGCCAAAAUAAUGACUGACGACCCGGACAGCGUGUCCUUCUGCGUGCUGGCCGUGGAUGAGGGUUUCGAGUGUGACAUCGCUUUGCAGAUCCACUUCACCCUCAUCCAGUCCUUCUGCUUCGACAACGACAUCAGCAUCGUCCGAGUGAGCGACUUGCAGCGUCUGGCUGAGAUUGUUGCCGACAAGCCGGAGCAGCUCGAAGAUGCUCACUGCGUCCUCAUCACGGUUGGUACAGCUCAUCAGUCGGCUGCAAAACUUGCUGACGCGGGAUCGGGCUCCUCUCUGUGA